AGGAGUCUAGGGGCGUGGGACACAGACAAAGAACAGACACACACACACUAACACGAGGAGGGAGCAGAGGACUUUUCUGUACACACAGUGGAUUUUACACUUGUGGAAUAUAAUUCAUACUUGGAGCUUUGCUGGAGGAGGUCUGUGUGUUAGUGUGUAGUAUAGUGUACCUACAUUAGUGUGUUUUGUAUGAGUGAAUGUGAGAGCAUGUGUGAGUGUGUUAUGUUGUGUGUGUAACAGCCCGGCCCCGGAUGGAAAGGGUUGUCGCUGGCUACUCCGAGGUCUUAGCUCCCAGCCAUGGGGGGCUGCCAGAGUCACCCCUCUGCUGCGGAUACACAAAUAGUACCCCAGCCCUCUGACGUCAACAAACUGGGAGAUAAUAACAAUGAGCUGGUGUUGGAGGAGCGUCCCUAUUUGCAGCAGCAGUAUAUCUCUGAGAGGAUCACACACACCGACAUGACCGCUCUCACUGCCCUGCCACCCGGACUGGACCAGGCUGAGUGGCUCGCCAGCAACACGGUAGCGUUCUUUAAGCAUAUUAACCUGUUCUCCAGUGCCCUUUCUGAGUUAUGUACUCCUACCACCUGUCCUACAGCCUGCGGACCAGAUAACACAGUGUAUAUAUGGACAGACGAUCAGGGGAAGAAGUUGAGGUGUUCCGCUCCUCUCUACUUUGACUAUACCAUGUCCUACAUCCAAGACCUACUGACAGAUGAAGACGUCUUCCCCACCAGAGCAGGGUCAGUGUUCCCAGCAGGCUUUGUGUUCUUGGUCAAGAAGGUGUUUCUGCUGUUGUUCCGUGUUCUGGCUCAUAUCUACUGGAGUCACUACAGAGAGGCCCUGGUUCUGGGACUACACCCCCACCUCAACACAUUGUUCAUACACCUCACACACUUCAGCCUUCAACACAACCUGCUGGAAGCAGAACACACACAACCUCUACAGGACCUGAUCAUUGCUCUGGGACAGUACAGCCUCACCUGACACACACACAAAUGUACCUUCACAGAUGUACACACACACACACACACACCCACAGCUUCAAUGAAUUUAGAGAGACAGACUCAGUGACUCUGUUGUAUAAACUGUGAGUUAACCUUUGAAUGCAGUGGGCUAAAUCAGGGUCACUUGGUAGUCUUAAGAAAAUCUACUUUGAAACAAAAGUAUACAACUCACACAUGG